GAUUCGACACAGCAAUUACCCGGGGUAAUACGUAAUUUAGCGCCGAAGCGGUGAGGUGCGAAGCGGGGGAGAAGAAAGAGGAGAUGGCUCCAGCGAAGAAGGGAAAGGCCAAGGCCAAACCUGCCGCCGCCGCCGAGUCGACUCAGUCCUCCGCUACCAACAAUUUCCCGGCAUGUAUUCGCUCCGUACCUCCCUCCUCCGUCGCCAUCACCAUCCACGCCAAGCCUGGCUCCAAACUCGCCUCCAUCACUGAUUUCAGUGAUGAGGCGUUGGGUGUGCAGAUCGACGCCCCUGCAAAGGACGGCGAAGCUAACGCCGCCCUACUCGACUACAUUAGUUCGGUUUUAGGUGUAAAAAGAAGGCAGGUUUCUAUUGGAUGUGGCUCUAAAUCAAGAGACAAGGUUGUUAUUGUAGAGGAGAUGACACUACAAAGUGUUUUUGACAUUCUGGAGAGAGCUUCAAAGUGCAGCGCAUAGAGUGAGAGAUGUAAAUAUGAUCUUUGAAUUGGGUGUGAGCUUGUGAAGCUUGAUAUUAGCACCUAACCAAGUCAUACUUGAUUUGUCCAGUUCUAUCUGUGUUUAUAAAAAAGUUUCCCUACUGAUGGUUUAGACGCUUUAUAAUUCAUAUUCUGUUGCCUGUUUAUUACAAGAGAUAAUU